CCCCUCGCCCUGCGCGCGCUGCCUCGCGACUCGGAAGUGAGGGCGCGCGCGCUCCGGAAGUGCUGGGCGCUCUCGGAGAGGGACGACGGCCGGGGCCCUUCUGACCGCCCCCUUGGCGGGCGCCUGGUAGCAGCAUGUUCCUCACGGCAGCCAAUUUGGCCAGGACCAAAUCCAAGUAUAUUCUUGUGAGGAUGCUGAGUGAAGCAGGAACAGGUUAUGCUUUCAACAUAAAAAGAGCACGGCUUGAUGAAAAGCGAGUUAUGCUGAGAUACGAUCCUUUUGUUAAACAGUAUGUCCUCUUCAAAGAACACAAAAAAAUCCGCUCCCUAUAGAUGACGACUGAUUUUUGAACAUAGUUAUUAUUUCAUUGUACUUGAAGCAUAGUCAUGGAGGGAAACAUUCAGCCGGUGGCCCUGUAGAGUUCCCAGAAUGCUGAGAUGAUUGCCUCCUGUGGUAUGAAGACCAAUGUGAACCAGAACAGUGUGAAAGAAGAAAAUUAUUGGUGUCCAGUCAUGGACCAUCAUUACCAUUAACUCAUUUACCUUCUGAGUUAUUUUUACAGAUUUCAAUUAAAAUAGCAAAUUCCUUUGCUUUUGUGCAUUA